AUGAUCAGCGCCCCUGACGUGGUGGCCUUCACCAAAGAGGAGGAGUACGAAGAGGAGCCUUACAAUGAGCCCCCCCUGCCGGAAGAGUACUCGGUGCCACUCUUCCCCUUCGCCAGCCAGGGAGCCAACCCAUGGUCCAAACUGUCCGGGGCCAAGUUCUCUCGGGACUUCAUCCUUAUUUCCGAGUUCUCGGAGCAGGUGGGACCCCAGCCCUUGCUGACCAUCCCCAAUGACACCAAAGUUUUUGGUACUUUCGAUCUCAAUUAUUUCUCCUUGCGGAUCAUGUCUGUGGAUUACCAGGCUUCCUUUGUGGGCCAUCCCCCUGGUUCUGCCUACCCCAAGCUUAACUUUGUGGAGGACUCCAAGGUGGUGCUGGGAGACUCCAAGGAGGGAGCCUUUGCCUAUGUGCACCACCUUACCCUGUACGACCUAGAGGCCCGGGGCUUUGUGAGGCCCUUUUGCAUGGCUUAUAUCUCAGCGGACCAGCACAAAAUCAUGCAGCAGUUUCAAGAGCUCUCGGCUGAAUUUUCCAAAGCUUCUGAGUGCUUGAAGACAGGCAACAGGAAGGCUUUUGCGGGAGAACUUGAAAAAAAACUGAAAGACUUGGAUUACACCAGGACAGUGCUGCACACGGAAACGGAGAUCCAGAAGAAAGCCAAUGACAAAGGCUUUUACUCAUCUCAGGCAAUUGAGAAAGCCAAUGAACUGGCCAGUGUAGAGAAGUCCAUCAUUGAACAUCAAGACCUGCUGAAACAGAUCCGCUCGUACCCGCAUCGAAAGUUGCAGGGGUCUGCUCCGUGUCCUGGGGAGUCGGAACACACCCAGGAUCAGGCCAGCCAGGCAGCCGCUACCUCUAACCUUGAUGAGUCUGCUGACACAGACCUUUACACCUGCAGACCUGCUUAUACCCCAAAACUCAUCAAAGCAAAGUCCACCAAGUGUUUUGACAAGAAGCUGAAGACCUUGGAAGAGCUCUGUGACACUGAAUAUUUCACCCAGACCCUGGCUCAGCUCAGCCACAUAGAGCACAUGUUCAGAGGAGACCUGUGCUACCUCCUGACCAGCCAGAUUGACAGAGCACUUCUAAAACAACAGCAUAUAACAAACUUUCUCUUCGAAGAUUUUGUGGAGGUCGAUGACAGGGUGGCAGAGAAACAAGAGAGUGCACCCCCUAGGCCUGGUCCAGGCAGGCCGCCUUCCAGAUCUUUGGAGGAAUGUCCAAUUCCUCAAGUGUUAAUUAGCGUAGGUUCUUACAAGUCCAGUGUGGAGUCUGUGCCCAUCAAGAUGGAGCAGGAACUUGGAGAUGAGGAGUACAAGGAAGUGGAGGUGACAGAAAUGAGCAGUCUUGACCCCCAGGAAAACUUGGACUACCUGGAUAUGGAUAUGAAAGGGAGCAUCAGCAGUGGCGAAAGCAUCGAGGUUCUAGGCACAGAGAAGUCCGCUGCUGUGCUGCCUAAGUCUGACAGCCAGGCCAGCCUCACGGUGCCACUGAGCCCCCAGGUGGUCCGGAGCAAAGCGGUCAGCCACAGGACCAUCAGCGAGGACAGUAUUGAAGUCCUCAGCACCUGCCCCUCGGAGGCCCUCAUCCCUGACGAUUUUAAGGCCAGCUACCCAAGUGCCAUUAAUGAAGAAGAAUCCUAUGCAGAUGACAGUGACGGAGCCAUCCACUUCCGGGCCAGCGUCAGCCCGCCGGAGCUGGGUGAGGCAGAGGAGGGCAGCUUAGAAACCCCCCCGUCACAAAUAGACACCUCCUGCUGCAUUGGGAAGGAGAGUGACAGUCUGCGGGUGCCCCUCUCCCCUCCAGCCCACAUGCCCUUGGACCAGGACGGAGUCGUGAGCAUCCCCCCGCAGCGCUAUAGGCAGAAGGAUCAGGGGUUCCAUGUGGACUUUGCAUUGGAAAAUGCCAACCCUUCCCGAGACGACAGUUCCGAAGGCUUCCCUGCUGAUGAACUGGACCCAGAUCGCCUGCUGGCGAGCCGGGACAUCAGUAAGACCAGCUUGGACACCUGCUCGGACACUGCCAGCAACAUGAGCAGUGUAACCUCCACCAGCUCAGACCGGACUCCCGCCUCCGCUCAUUCCAGCGGCUCCUCUUCCGAGAGGCAUAAAAAGAGGGCCGGCCAGAACGCCUUAAAAUUCAUCCGUCAGUACCCCUUUGCCCACCCGGCCAUCUACUCCCUGCUCAGCGGAAGGACACUUGUGGUCCUGGGGGAGGACGAGGCCAUAGUGAGGAAGCUGGUGACGGCGCUGUCCAUCUUUGUCCCCAACCACAGCCGUUAUGCCAAACCGGUGAAGCACUGGGUCUGUUCUCCUUUGCAUAUCACGGAUUUUCAGAAGUGGAAGCUUAUUGGCCUGCAGAGGGUGGCGUCCCCCGCUGGCACCAGCAGCCUCCACGCCCUGAGCCGCUAUAGCCGCUACACCAGCGUCCUGGACCUAGACAACAAGGCCCUCCGCUGCCCCCUAUACCGGGGCGCCCUGGUGCCCCGGCUGGCCGACCACCGCACGCAGAUUAAGCGGGGCAGCACCUACUACCUGCACGUCCAAACCGUGCUGACCGAGCUCUGCUCCAAGGCCUUCCUCUACACUUUCUGCCACCACCUGCACCUGCCCGCACACGACCAGGAGACCCCGGACGUGGUUGCUGGACGCCAGGCGAGCUUUCUGAAGCUGACCCUGGGCCUGGUGAACGAGGACGUGAAGGUGGUCCAGCACCUGGCCGAGCUGCUGAAGCUGCGCUACACGCAGGAGGCUCCCGGAACCGGCUGCCCCACGCUCAGGUUCGACUACGUGCCCAGCUUUUUGUACAAGAUCUGACAUCCGCCCCAGCUACUGUGACCGAGACCUGUGACCCAGGGUACGGGGGGGGGGGGGGGGGCGCGUGAGCAAGCAGGCCUCUGAGCUUUUGAGACUUCUGGUGUCAUCGGGGGAGGGAACGCAAGGUGGCAGCCCCGGUCCCCGGGUGGCGUUGGGUGGGCUGGGAGGUGGACUCGGGCAGAGGUGGGUGCCUGGUUCUCGGCGUCAGUGAGGACAGCGACAGACCCGACUCCACCUAGCAAGGAGUGGCUCCUGUGGUCGGGAGGGGGGGCCACUUGGCUUCCUGAGGACUGGGCAGCAGGCCGGGAGGGAGCCAGCACUCUCUCGAUGGGGCGGGAUGAAGGGCAGAAAGGUGAAACCCAGACAGGAGGGGCAUGCUGGCAGGGUCAGCUCCCAAACACUGGGUGGCCAGAUCAGGGGAAGCACUCCGUUCCCUGGAACAGUUUAGUGGGGGACAGGACGACAGACCAUCCAUUGCCUCAUCCAGAUCCCACCUGGGGUCCUUCCCUCCGGCCCCAUAGAGCCCACCAUCCCGGAGGAGGCCCCUGGAUGAGUGAGGUGGAGGGAGGCAGCUCUGCCUCAGCUGGGCGCUGGCAGACACGGAACCUUCUGGGCCCCGAGGCUGUAGGGAGAACGAGCAUUACCCUGUCUGGUCCUGGCUUCCGCACUAGGCACAGAAGUGCCAGUGGGUGGUCUUUGCCGCUGCUUUUUCCGGGGCAGCAGGAGUGGCUAGAGUUAGGCACUCGUCCUUGCUUGUGAGUGAGAACCACACUCGUAGCUAGAGAGCCUGGGAGACGGGCAGGGCCGCGAGGCCUCGAGGCCGUCAGCACUGUGCAAGGGUUGGGGAGCCAGCAGGCCUCUGGGAGGCUGGAGGCCAUGAGGCCACACUGUGCUCUUGGGGACGGUCGGCAGAUGUGCUGGGUCUCAGCCGAGGUCCCCCUCCCUCCCCCAGUCCUCUACCCACAGCAAACCUUUGCAACCACUUCACUACCUCUUGCAGGGUCUCCUGGGCAUGGGGACAGUGGGGUUCUGCCCAGCUGGUUGGUCUGGUCUGGGAAGGCAGCCCAGCUGGCGAGAACCCAGGGCCAGGAAAGCCUCCUUGCAUGGCUGUCUUCAUGGACCUGGCCCAUGGGAGCCUCCCCACUGCUCACUUCUGCCCCCGCGCCGCCCCCGCAAAUA